GGAAGUUGUACACGUCCAAGUUGUAUACGGAAGUAAAUAUGUACAUUGUAAUUCACAGACCUCAAUUAAAUAGCAAAGAUGAAUCCAAUGAUUACAAUUCUGAUUUUAAUAUGUUUCCUAACGGAGUUUAUUGCCUUUACAAACUCUGAUAUCUGUAGAAGUCAAGAUGGGAAUCUCAAGUGUUGCCCAGGAUUUGUCUGGAACAUUAAGGAAAAUAAGUGCAAACAAUGUGAUGCCGGUACAAUUGGACCUCAAUGUGAAAUAGUUUGUCCGUAUCCAUGGUACGGAAAGCAAUGCUUAUCAAAAUGUCUAUGCAGUGAAGAACAUUGCGAUCCUGCUGCCGGUUGUAUCGAGUGGACUACACAAGUCUUGCUGGCAAUACAUACUUCAACUGUAUCUCGUUCUGAUGGUUUUAACGAGAUUGGUAUGGGAACGCUGACGACAAUUCCUUUUGAAACCGAGAACGCUGAUGUAUCCACCGACACUCAAAUAUCGUACAAAUGGCUUAUUGUUACCACAGUCCCUCUCUGCGUCAUUUUUGGGAUCAUCAUUGUUGCCCUAAUGUUAAAACAUUUAAGGCACAGGCGCGAGAUUGGAACUAUAGACGCUGCAUAUACUGUUCCAACACAUCAAAAUGUAAGACAUAUUUAUGACUUGUGCGACGAAGGUCAUCAUCAAGAGAAUCCAAAGAGAGAAAAUGGACAGGAACAGGAAAAUACCAAAGAUGCUGCAUAUACUGCCCCAACACAUCAAAAUGUGAGACAUAUUUAUGAUCUGUGCGACGAAAGUCUACAUCCAGAGAACCAAAAGAGAGAAAAUAAUCAAAAUCUCCUAAAUGUUUCUAAUACAAUAACAGAUGAUGAUGGUUAUUUAACAGUUGUUGAUAAAAAGGACAGUGAAUAGUGCCGUUUUAUUGGUCAUCGUCGUCAUCAUUUACAAAGAAAAACAAUUUUGUUUUGCAGAUAAUAGUUAGAGGCAUACUGGGGUGUUCAUGUUGAUGCCUAAAUCUCUCUUUCAUUAGGCAAUUUUAUCAUUUGUAAUUUGAACGUAUAAUGUGUCAAUACUAAAAAGAAAAAAUAUCAGCAGAUCUAUAUCUAAUUAUAUCUCCGUGUCUGUUUGCUAUGUUAACUAACGACGGACAUGUAAAUCAUGCAACGUUUAUAUAUUUAUUAAAUACACUAUUAAACAGCUGUUCUGAAUCUGUGUUGUCACGCUAUACAUGUACUAAUUAUCUACAAUGAUUUUAUAGUCAUUAUGUGUGUUCUCAUGAGAAAAUAUUGUUCAGCUGCUUAUUUUUCCUAAAGGACAAUUGAUGCUCACAUCUUCUUGUUUAUAUUGGUCUAUGCAUUAGUUUUCUCGACUAGGUUUAUUAAUAAUAAAUUUAUGUAUUUCAUGAAAAAUAAACUCCAAGAUAUUUUUGAAU